AAGAAUGGGUUUAUUUUUAUCAAAAUUAACGACUCUGUUCGAGUCUUUUUCUUCUGGAUCACCAGCUAGAAUUGUAAUGCUUGGUUUAGAUGCUGCAGGAAAAACAACGAUUUUGUACAAAAUUAAAUUAAAUGAGAACGUUUGUACCAUUCCCACCAUCGGAUUUAACGUGGAGACCGUGUCCCCCGUAAAGGGUGUGUCCUUUACGGUGUGGGACGUCGGGGGUCAGGAUAGGAUCAGACCACUAUGGAAACACUACUACCAAAACACAGAGGGCUUAGUGUAUGUGGUGGACAGCAACGACAGAGAAAGAAUUGUCGAGUCACGUGAAGAAUUGUUUGGAAUUCUACAAUAUGACGAAAUGAGGGGAGUUCCAGUGGUGAUAAUUGCUAACAAGCAAGAUCUUCCAAAUGCUCGUAGUACCUCUGAGGUAGCAGAAAUGUUGUGCUUACACAAACUGACGUCACGAAAAUGGUUCAUUCAAUCCGCAUGUGCAACAACAGGCGAGGGAAUUUAUGAGGCCAUGCAAGAAUUAUCAACUAUGGUCAAAGACUACAAAAAAUCACUGAAAUAAAUCCUAAAUAAUAUCUCUAUGAGAGCCACCACAGUGUCUUCCUAUGAAAGCUACCCGUGCGUAUGCUACGAGCUGAAACCAUGACUGAGAGUGUAAUCAGGACCUAGUAUGAUGCUGUACACGUCGCCAGUAGAGUGCAUCAUGGUUUGGCGAUGAUGUCUUAUCAAUAAACAAUGUUCGUAGCAUUUCAAAUUCAUGCUGCAUUUUGAAUCAUUAAUUUAUGCUGCAAAAUACAUUUAAUCAUU